CUCUCUCUCCCUUUUCCUCCUUUAUUCUUCUUCUUCUUCUUCUCAUCCUCACAAAUACAAUUAUACAAACACAUAUUCAUUCUCCUCACAUACCAAAAAUAAAUUAUUUUUCUUGUUAUUUUCCCUUUGCUAACGGAAAGCCAUGAAAUUCGGGAAGAGCCUGAGCAGCCAGAUCGAGAAAACCCUGCCAGAGUGGCGCGACAAGUUCCUCUCCUACAAGGAGCUCAAGAAGAAGCUCAAGCAAUUCGACCCUCCCGCCCCCGCCUCCGCCGCCGAUGAACGCCCCGGCAAGCGCCUCAAGACCGACGCCGGCAACGCCGACGCCGACGCCGUUUCCGACGCCUCCGACAUGUCGAAGGAGGAGAGCGACUUCCGGAACCUGCUGGAGAAUGAACUCGACAAAUUCAACACCUUCUUCGUUGAGAAGGAGGAAGAGUACAUUAUCAGACUCAAGGAGUUACAAGAUAGUGUGGCCCAAGUUAAGGGUUCGAGGGAAGAGAUGAUGAAAAUCCACAAGGAAAUUGUGGAUUUCCAUGGAGAGAUGGUCUUGCUGGAAAACUACAGUGCCCUCAACUAUACAGGGCUAGUGAAAAUACUUAAAAAGUAUGACAAGAGAACCGGUGCUCUCAUUCGCUUGCCCUUCAUUCAGAAGGUCUUGCAACAACCUUUCUUUACCACUGACUUGCUCUACAAGCUUGUAAAGGAGUGUGAAACAAUGCUGGACCACCUUUUCCCUGUGAAUGAUCCUGCUCCAGUUUCCACUGAGACAACUCCCCAAGCUGAAGGUUUUGAUCCUUCAACUUCAACCACUACCAAGAGUGAUGGUUUGGUGAUUCCGAAGGAAUUAGCUGAGAUCGAGUACAUGGAGAGCCUUUAUAUGAAGAGUACUGUAUCAGCAUUGCAUGUUUUGCAGGAAAUUAGAAGUGGAAGCUCAACAGUUAGCAUGUUUUCAUUGCCACCGUUGAAGAUAAGUGGUUCAGAAGAAGAAACAUGGAAGAAAAUCCCUGUUCUGGAACAAGCAGCCAAGUAACCUGCUGGGUUACGUUGCUGAGUAAUGUAGAGGGAUGGCUAUUUUCCCAUCUAUUUUUCUUCUCUUAAAUCGGACGCCUCUGUUAUGCACGCCUUAGAUACUAACACAGAUGUAAGAUGCUAAAUGUAAAGAUGGAGUUAAUUUUAUAGAAUUAUAGGUUCCAUAUAAUAAAACCUCUGGAUUUUAAAGAAGUUAUGUUUUGACAUUUUGCUGACGCACGUAUUCAGUAAGUAAUGCAAUUAUAUAUUCCAUUUCUGUUUCA